GGGUACCCAAAAUUGGGCGGUUACUCUACCCGGUACGGUACCAUCCCUAGAUUGUACACCUCUACCAAAAACCUUGCAGCACUCAGAGCUAAGCUAAGCUGAUUGCAAUUUAGAUCGUAGACUUUGCUCUUGGCUUCUAAUAAGAAAGGUUCUCCUUCUGCUAUUCUAUGUCUUUACUUCUUUGUCUUUGAUCGAAUAAAAUUUACCAAUCUGAGAGGUAUUAAGGUGGGCAAUUAUGCAAGUUUCUAGGUUUUCAAGAAUUGGCAUUCAGACUGUUAAACAGCUUGCAAGAGGCACGUGUACAUCCUUGUGCAGAACAGAAUUUAUGAGAACACCUUAUAGUCAAUGUCGACAACCUUGGUUUGAAUUAUAUCCAGAGCGGAAGGUGUUCCAAGGUACCUUAUUUCAGAAGCAUUAUCUGUUUUCUACCACAGCUUCUGGUAGUGAUAUUGGGGUUGGAAGCGAAGGGAAGGACACGAUAUCUGUAACAUUUGUGGAUAAGGAUGGAGAGGAAAAGCACAUCAAAGUUCCAGUUGGAAUGUCUAUGUUGGAAGCUGCUCAUGAAAAUGAUAUAGAACUUGAAGGUAGUAUUGAUGCAGUUUUAAUUUUGUGUUUUCGUCUCUGUGUCGAUUACAAUGUUUUAUCUGUAAUCGUGUCUUAUUUGGAUCUUAAUCCUACUAAAGUCCAGUUUUAAAAAAUUUGGCCCAUCAUUUGUCUUCUGUUCCCAUAAACAAUGCAUCAUAACAAUAUACUCAUAGCAUAUUCCGCUUAUAUUCCUUUUCCAACA